CGAAACGGCGACGAGGUCGAGACAAACACGAGUCAAUGAAUUUCUCCGACCUGCGGUUCGCCUUUUCAUUCAUCGGUUUCAUCGACUAAUGAAAGAGGCGGUUGCUAAGAGAUGACGGUUUGUGACAUUGGUGAGAGUCUGUGAUGUAGAGCGGCCUGAAGCGCGACGGCUCCGGGAUCUCUUUCCUCCACACCUCAGUCCGUGCAUCGGCUCACGCGAAGGACGCGGAACGACGCUCUGAAAGGAGGAGACCCGCGAACGCCAUGGCAGCCUUUACUGCUCCUUGCGCCAGCACCACCACGACCACCGUCACCACCGCCGCCGCCGCACGGCAAAGGCAAGGAGGCAAGCGUGAGAACGGGGAUGUGGGACAAAACACCAUCGUGGAGAAAACCCACCAGUUCUUCCAGAUGUGUGACAUCGAGAGCAAAGGCUUCAUCACCCAGAGCGACAUGCAGAGGCUGACCGCCGAGCUCCCUCUCAGCGCGGAGGAGUUGGAAAACGUAUUCAACACCCUGGAUUCUGACGGCAAUGGAUACCUAACCCUGGACGAGUUCUCCUCCGGCUUCAGUGAGUUCCUCUUCGGUCGGAAGAUUUCCGGAGCGGAAGGCACGGGGGAGAAGAACCCAGAGGAGGAGAUCCAGUACCAGACCCAGUGGGAGGAGAGCAUGGCGAGAGGAGAUGAGGAUGAGGAGGAGAAACACUUCAACAUGCUCAUGGAGAGCCUCGGAGCCAACAGUGUCUUUGAAGAUCGCGCUGAAGUGCGCAGUUUGUGGGCCCAGCUGAGCCGAGACGAACCCCACCUUUUAUCCAAUUUUGAGGACUUCCUGGCCAGAGUGACAUCCCAGAUCAUAGAGGCCAACAAGGAGAAGAGGGAGAUGGAGAGCGCUCUCCAGAGGAAAGCAGCGACACACGAUCACGAGAUCCAGCGCCUGUAUGAGGAAAUGGAGCAGCAAAUAAAAAGUGAAAAGGACAGGAUUGCGCUGCAGGACCACGAGCGCUUUCUGUCUCGCAGUCAGGACCUGGAGCUGCAGCUGUGUGGUAAGGAGGCGGAGCUUCAGCAGCUCGUUCACAAACAGAAAAGGUUGGAGCUUCAGUGCCAGGAGCUCCACAGCGAGCAGCACGUGACCAAGGUGGAGAACGUGAAGCUGAAGCACAAGAACGACGAGUUGGCGCGCGAGCUGGACCACACCGGCCAAGAGCUGAGCUUGGCUCAGGACCAUCUGAAUGAUCUGCAGGAGGAGUCCACGCGGCUCCACGAGGAGAAGGAGAUGGAAAUCUACCGCCUGACUGAGGGACUGCAGCGAGAGCGAGCGGGCCUCGUCAAGCAGCUGGAGCUUUUGAGGGAAAUGAACAAACAUUUACGGGAUGAGAAAGACAUAUGCUUCCAGAAUCCAAAUAAUUCGACUAAGACACCAAGUUUGAGGCCUUCAAUCAAUGUGGUGAAACACACACAAUCGAAUAUCUUCAGAAGUGAGGAUGAGGAGGAGCUCAUCAGAAGCUCCGCGAGGCACACCCUAACCAACGGGGCCUGCCAGUCCUCCUGCACCGCGAGCAACAGGGGGCACCUCCAGAGGAUCAUCUCCAUCGAGGAGGACCACCUCCCACACCUGCUCCUGAAUGACUGCCGGCCCCGAACGCCGCUUCAGGAGUGCAGUGAAGAAGAGGAGGCCUCAGACGAUGAGGGGCAUACAGACUUGGCGAUGAGGGAUAUUUACCCAUGUGCGUCUUCUGCAUCGCAGGACGAUGCGUUGGACAGGGAAACCCCCUCGUCUCCGAGGGGUCAGCCCGUUGGCAAGGAGACCAGCCUGUAUGAGGAAGCUGGUCCCUCUCCGCCCGACCGCCUCUUCAAGAUCGUCCUGGUGGGGAACUCCAGCGUAGGAAAGACCUCCCUCCUUCGCAGAUUUUGCGACGGCUGCUUCCACCCGGGCUCUUCCGCCACUGUGGGUAUAGAUUACAGCGUAAAGACAAUAGCUGUGGACAAUAGCCAGGUGGCGCUGCAGCUGUGGGACACAGCAGGACAGGAGAGGUAUCGCAGCAUCACCAAACAAUUCUUUCGGAAGGCUGACGGUGUGGUUGUGAUGUAUGACAUCACAACCGUGCAGAGCUUCACAGCUGUCAGGCAGUGGCUGACGAGUGUAAAGGAGGCCGCAGGCGACGACAUCCCCACCCUGCUCCUGGGAAACAAACUGGACAAGGAGGCCGAGAGACAAGUUGAGAAAGGAGUGGGGGAGCGACUAGCCAAGGACUACCAGAUGACCUUCUAUGAGUGCAGCGCAUGCUCGGGACACAAUGUGAUGGAGUCCAUGAUUCAUCUCGCCAGAAUUCUGAAAGAGCAAGAGGACAGGGAGAAGGAGAAGACGGUCCAGCUGCUCGGAGGCCCGUCAGAGAGGAAGAGAUCCUGCUGCUGACAGUACACACACACACACACACACGCACACACACACACACACACACACACACACACACAGUAGCACUACCCUUUACUACUUGAGGACACGUAUUCUAAACCUCUGCACAGCUGUUUCUCACACAGUCUUCCACUUCGUGGCACUCUGGGUAAACCCAACUCCACGGGCUCCAUGUAUGAUGUCAAGUGUCCCAGAUGUUCAUGUAUGUAUAUAUAUAUAUAUAUAUAUAUAUAUAUAUACAUGAACAUCUCUCAAUAUAUAUAUAUAUAGCCCAUAUAUGAGCCCAUUUUGAGUCAAACUAAGAGCUUUUCUUUUAUUAAGUGAACAAUAUAUAGUCUGACUGUGUCUAAGAUAUUUAUUUAUCUGUCACAUUUGGGCUUUUUACUCUAUAUUCAAGUAUUCAGUCAGUGUUAUGUGUAUUUUCUUUUAGCUCUUUUAUCUGUUUCACCUCUGUACAAUGUGAGGCUUUAUGAAACAACCGUGCAGUAAACAUUAACACUACCUAGUGAAGCUUUUGGUGUGUUUUCUCCCGACAGUGUCAGAGAGUGUUGUUGAUUUUACUUUUAGGGAGAAGAUUAUUAGUUGUUUUUAUGUGGCAUUGCAGGUCAUGAUACGGGUCUCUUAGUUUAUUCAGCUGGUGGACAAAGUACAAAUCAACUUACGGGUGUCUUAGUUUCUUCAGCUGGUGGACAAAAUACAGAACAACUUCUACCGUGCAUCACAGAACCAAAGUAAUGCGCUUCUGUGGAAAUUUCCAAAAAUAUGGUGUUUUUUAAUGAAGAAAAACUGAAAAUGAUUAGCUUCAAAUGUAGCAUUUGUCGUCAUAUCAGUAUUUCAAUUUGUAGCCGUUUGUGUUAUUUUGUCCACUGUAUAUUUCCAUUUCUUGUUGUCAUAGUGCUGGAGGUCGUCCGGAGGUUGGGUCACAGCUCUGGUUCGAGAAAAUAAAAAGGCCUUUAUUUUACACCAAAUGACGUUCAUCCCCUUCAUCUGCCUCUGUGCCAAAUAUUUUAUGUAAAUGGUGUCACAAUUACUUCUGAAGAUAAUUAUGUAAUCUGUAUGUUACGAGAAGUUUUUGGUAAAAAGUUUGUAUUUGCACCGUGGUCACUACUAGUGCUCCACCACUGCCAGUGUCCAGCACAUACCUUUAAUGUAUAUAACAAAACAUGUAAAUACAAAAAACUAAUACAUAAAUCAUUGUUAAUGUCAAUGUCA